AUGGCAGACGCGUGGCUUAUGAUUGCAGCACGACGCGAGAUGGCCACGAGCGUCUUUGAUGCCGUGCGCUCCUUGUUCAAGGACCCGCUCGCAGACUCGCCCGAGAUUGACGAGUCGUUGCUGACGCCGCCGUUGAUUGACGCUCUCGUCCGCGCCUUCCAGCCGGGCGAGGGAUUUGCGCUCACGGCAGAGCAACGAAACGCAUUUCUCGUCCUCGUGACCGCACUUGAGCUGACAGAUUCGUCCGUUCUCAACAAGUAA